AUGGCUUCUUUCUUCAAGGCGUUUUGGGACAUUAUCGGCGAACAAGUGAACCUGGCAUGUCUGGAGUUCUUCUCAAUAGGGCAGAUGGAGCCGAUGUGGAAGGAGACGGUGGUGGUCCUAGUCAACCGCAUCAAAGGCAUUUUACCCACCGGCAUUUCUGAGGAACAGGCAGCGUUGGUGCAUGGGAUGUCGAUCUCCGACCACUAUUUGCUGGGGCAGGAGAUUAUGAACAAGUUCAAGGUCUGCAAAUCUUCUAAGGGAUGGAUGGCUAUGAAAGCAGAUAUGGAACAAGCCUAUGACAAAAUGAGCUGGAGAACUCUGGAAUUGGUACUGUUGAAGAUGGGCUUCCCUCAAAGGUUUCAAUUGUUGGUGCUAAGUUAUGUGUUAGCGCCUCGCUUUACUAUCCUGGUGAAUGGUGCCACCAUCCCCAACGUAAGGAAGUUUUUGACCAUUCUUGAGGACUAUUGCAGGUGGACGGGGCAGCGGAUCAACAAAAAUAAAUUGGCAAUCCUGUUCAGCAGACUUGUGCCCUCUUCUUGUAAACAUCGCCUCGCUAGGCUUGCUGGUUGCCGCAAGGUUGAUGAAAUGGAAUAUCUUGGGUUGAAAUUGGUGAUGCGAAGAUUGACGAAGGCAGACUUUGGCCCCCUCCUGCAGAGAUUGCAUAGACACACGCUAGCAUGGGGGAUGCAGCAUCUAUUGUUAGCGGGAAGAAUUACAUUGAUAAACUCAGUAUUACUCCCGUUAUCGGUAUUCGCGGUGACCCAUACGCUUGUUCCCCGGGGCGUUCUUGCUAAGGUGGAAAGAAUAUGUAGUCGAUUCUUGUGGGACAGAGACUCAAAACACAAAAGCCUGCACUAUGCUGCUUGGGGAAGCCUCACCCGGCUGAGGCACCUGGGCGGUCUCGGCUUCCAUGCCAGCCGCAACUAG